GACACAUCUGCCAAUGAAUAAUGGGCCAGAUGACAGAUUGUGAUUUUUCAGGCGGCCCCUCGCCGAUUCCUCCGUCUGGAAAUAAACUCCCAAAAUGGCCUGUGUUGUUUCAUUAUGUGUGUACCGUUGGAAAAGGGAGGAAAGGUGGCAGUGUGGAGCAGAGCGCCUGGUGCUAUGGUACACGCAGGCAGGCCUUGGGCGGUACACUCAGGCAGGUCUUGGGCGCUGCCGCUGCGUUUUGGGCUCAAAUGUGCUGGGAUUGCAGAGCCCCAGGAGAGCCCGCGCCAAGAGGUCCUUUAAGGGUGGCCCCGCCCCCUUGCCGCUUGGUCCGCCUCAUCCGCCGCCAUGAUCUGCCUGGUGCUGACCAUCUUUGCCAACCUCUUCCCCUCAGCGGCGUGAACGAGCGCACGUUCUUGGCAGUGAAGCCCGACGGCGUGCAGCGGCGGCUGGUGGGCGAGAUCGUGCGUCGCUUUGAAAGGAAGGGCUUCAAGCUGGUGGCACUGAAGCUAGUGCAGGCCUCCGAAGAGCUACUGCGGGAGCAUUAUGUCGAGCUGCGCGAGAGACCUUUCUACAGCCGAUUAGUUAAAUACAUGAGCUCUGGUCCUGUGGUGGCCAUGGUGUGGCAAGGGCUGGAUGUCGUGCGCGCUUCGCGGGCCCUCAUAGGGGCCACUGACCCAGGGGACGCCAUGCCCGGUACAAUCCGUGGUGAUUUCUGCGUGGAGGUUGGCAAGAAUGUGAUUCAUGGCAGUGAUUCGGUGGAAAGUGCUCAGAGAGAGAUCGCUCUUUGGUUCCGUGAGGAUGAGCUUCUGUGCUGGGAGGACAGCGCGGGACACUGGCUAUAUGAGUAGACGUUACUAAAGUCAACAUUACCAAUCUGGAGGUUGUUGGUCUUCUGUGAUCGUCACAGUGACAGUGCUAUGUGGGUGCAGGUCCACCCAACCCAGUCUGUCCAGGGGCAACCACUUCCACAUCCCACCCUCUAUUUCCUUUCAUAAUAAACCGCAGAAAACCCUU